CAGCAAUGCACAGUGUGUCGAUUGACACGGCUCAUUUGACCUUCGUCGUACAGCACUCAUUGCGCUUCACGGGUAGCUCCAUUAAUUGUGGAGUAUGGCGUCUUCGAGGCUGAAUGUGGCGUUUAUAUUCUCUGCAUUAUCUGCACUCUCGGUGCUGGCAGCUGCUGCUACUCAACCAGGCCAAAGCACGACAGAAUGGCCAUCACUGCGGUUCCACUUCACUGUCAAGCGCAGUUCCAUGACGGUACACGGUCAAUCCGACUUCUCCAUGUACGCCAACCCCAUUGUAUCGAGCAAAGCGGACGGCGUGCUCUACGACGUGUUCGCGACGUUUACAGAAGACUCGACGCUCUACAACUACACUAUUAUCGAUGGAGUCGCCCACUCCUCGAGCACUCCCUAUUCAGGCAGCCACUCGGACGACAGUAAAGCAACUCCAUCCGUAAGCUGUGUAGAUGCUGAAUCAAGUAAACUUCCCGACAUCAACGCUAUCGUUAGUGCUCUAAACGAUGCUACGGCGUUAACAUUGCAGAGUGAAGGUAUCAACUGUGACAGUGGGAGUCUGUUUAAGGUAUCGGUUAGAGGAGUUGACUUCGCUCUAUACGCUUCGGGAUCCUCUGGCUUCACCAUGCACGGAAGCGAUAUGGAUAUCGACGUGGAGUUUCUCGAAAGCCCUAUCGAUAUUGUGAUUCCAAUUCAGAAAUCCAAGACGGAGUGCAAGAAGACAGCGUUAGCGAGCUCGGUUACGGUAACCAGUAAGGGGUUGCUUACGGGACAACAGAUUUCGAACAAAGCGAGGAACCUGAAAGCGACGAGUUUCUCGUUUAGGGACAAGUCCUCAUGUUCUUGUAAGUCGACACCUCGUCCGUGUGUAUUUAUCCAUGGCCUCGGCGAAAAAGAAGAAAUGCCCGAGAACCAAGACGAAUUUACGGAUUAUUGGGGUAAACACUUGGCUGGACAUGGGCCUUGCUGCUCGUCGAUGAAGUUUGCGCGCCUGAAUACAGUGGAUAGCAUGUGGACGGACGCUAUUCUGCAAGGAAAAGUUUGCAACCGCGCGUUGUCUGCGAGUAACACCAGCAAAGACUCAGUUAUCAGUGAUACUAUCGUCGUCACGCACUCUAUGGGAAAUGUCAUGUUCGCUGGAGCUCUCUCUACCGGAAAAUGCCGGUUAGAUAUCAGCUCGACAUGGGUAGGAAUGGCCGGCCCGAUGCUCGGAAGCAUGUGCUCGGACUUUGUCCAGGACUCCUGCGCCGGAAAGACCAAUAUUGUAUGGGAAACGAUCGGAAAUAUCACUGGCCGAUGCCCAGCCAACACUGGAUUAAAGUCAUUAGCAUACGAAGGCGAAAGCUACAGCUCCGUAGCCUUGGAUGCAGCGUAUAAAGCGGCUCAAGAGAUUUAUCGUGCGAAUGUGUCGGCUGUCAUGUGCAGUAAGUCAAGCUCUGGACUGAUAUCGAAGUACCAAGCUCAAUUUUGGGGGUUAAGUGAAAUGGUUCCUCACAAAUCCAAGCUGAAUGACGGCAUGGUGGAAUUCCAGAGUUGUGCUGCGGGAUUUCCUGAAUCGAAGUUUGGGGGCAAUUACCGCGACCGCUUCUACGUGUCAAAACUCAACCAUUACGACAUGCAGUUCCGAGCUGGCGACUCACUCCUAGAUGAGGAGAAGAUGCCUCUGAAGUGGCGAGACUUUCACCACUCUUCACAACUCGGUGAAGUCAUGACAUCUUCUCUUCAAGGCGUACUGAUCGCCUCAAUGGUGAUACUAGUACUCUCUGCUCACGUUGCUGCUGCUCAGCAAAGGAAUUGGCCGUCUCUACGAUUCCACUUCACGCUCAAGCGCAGCUCCAUGAAAGUUCACGGCGACUCCGACUUCUCCAUGUACGCCAACCCUGUCUUGUCCGAUAAUAAUGACAACGUACUCUACGACGCAUUCGCAUCGUUCAAGGACAACACGAAUCUAUACAACUACACACUGAUCGACGGUGCUGCGUAUGCUUCAACUACUUCAUUCUCAGGCAGCUCCUUCGAGAAGAGCAAUGUGGUCUGUGUGGACUCGGAGUCUGGUACACUUCCAGCUAUUAACUCCAUCGUUACCGCGAUUAACGAGGCUACUGCUAUAUCGAGUGUGUCUGGAAGUGGCAGUGACGCCAUCAAAUGUUCCAGUGGACAUUUAUUCAAAGUUACGAUCAAAAGUAUCGAUUUUGCGCUGUGUGCGUCUAGUUCUUCGGGAUUCACGAUGCAUGGGACUGAUAUGGACAUCGAUGUGAAGUUUUUGGAGAGGAGCUUUGAUAUCCAGAUGCCUGUUAUGGACAGCAAGAGCCAGUGCACAAAGGUGGUGUCGCCUACAUCGGUGACUUCGAUCGGAAAACUACUAUUAACUGGCCAGUCGAUCUCGAAAAACUCACGGAAUUUGAAAGCUGCAUUCGAUUUUUCUUUUAGAGGCAAGUCCGUCUGUACUUGUCAAUCGACCCCUCGGCCGUGCAUCUUCAUUCACGGUCUUGGAGUGAAGACGGAGACGUCGUAUAACGAAGACUGGUUCUCUUACUGGGGUGACGCCAUUAAAGGCCACACGCCCUGCUGCUCUUCAGUUAAAUACGCCCACCUCGACACGGUGAACAAUACCUGGACUAGCAAGACUCUACAAAGCAAAGUCUGUAACCGCGCUCUUGCUGUCAGCAGUACAAGCACCAAGUCAGUUAUUUCUGAUACGAUCGUGGUCACACACUCGAUGGGUAACUUGAUGUUUGCUGGAGCGCUUGCUACUGGGAAGUGCAGCUUGGAUUCAAGCUCCACAUGGGUAGGAAUGGCUGGUCCAAUGAUCGGAAGUAUGGCGUCUGACUUUGUUCAGGAGUCUUGUUCUGGAGAGACCAACAUAAUGUGGGAAGAGAUUGGCGACAUUACAGGAAGAUGCCCGCCAAAUACCGGCCUGAAGUCGCUAGCUUACGAGAAUGGGAAUCACAGUACUCCCAGCAUGAACAAAGAGUAUGAGGCUGCCCAGAUGGCCUACCGAGAGAAUGUGGCUGCGCUAAUGUGUGGCAGAUCAUACUCUGGCCUAGUAUCCAAAUAUCAGGCCAAAUUUUGGGCGCUAGGCCAUAGUAUUCCACACAAGUCCAAGGAAAACGAUGGCAUGGUGGAGUUUCAGAGCUGUGCUCAUGGCUUCCCAGAGUCCAAGUUCGGAGACAACUACCGUGAUCGCUUUUACAAAACGAAGCUGAAUCACUACGAUAUGCAAUUUCUCGCGGGAGAUUCAGUCAUGAAUGAGGACAAAAUGCCUGUCAAGUGGUUUAAAGUUUCCUCAACGCCUCCUGUUUAA